AUGCCCGAAGUAACACUUUAUACAUACUUCCGUUCCUCCUGCUCGGCGCGUCUGCGUAUAGCUUUACACCUCAAAGGCAUCGACUUCACCCCGGUAUUCGUCAACCUGCUGCAAAAUGAGCAGUCCUCGCCUGCCCACAAAGCCAUCAACCCAUCCGGCCUCGUCCCCGCCCUUAUUGUGAAACGUGACACAGCGCCGCCAGUAACAAUCACCCAGUCUCUCGCCGCACUCGAGUAUCUGGACGAGGCAUUCCCUAAUCAAGGCCCUGCACUUCUACCCCAAGAUACAGACGCAAGGGCGCAAGUGCGAACUCUGGCGUCCAUCAUCGCUUGUGACGUCCAGCCUGUUACGAACCUUAAGAUUCUGAGGCGGGUGGCUCCCCUCGGUGCUGACCGGACCACUUGGUCGAAAGAUCUGAUUGUUGAGGGGCUCCAGGCGUAUGAGGCUACUGUGAAGCGAUCCGCGGGGAAAUUCAGUGUUGGUGAUCAGAUCACGAUGGCGGAUUUGUGCCUGAUCCCGGCGGCUUGGGGAGCAGAGAGGGUUGGAGUCGAUCUGACUGCUUUCCCGGUAACAUAUGUGAUUAUCCAGAACUUGGAAAAGGAGGAAGCGGUUAACAAAGGGCAUUGGAAGACGCAGCCUGAUACGCCAGAGGACUUGCGGGCGGAGUGA